AUGCACAGGCACUUCCGGAGACCACUUCUGGCAGAAAAAGGGAAAAUCUAUAAGUACUUCCUCGGCAGAACAAACAACCUUUUAACCACAAAAAUGCUGGAAAGCAGAGUCUCCAGCAAGCCUUUCAUCCAUCCUCCUCAUCCUCAGUCAAUCAUCUUAACCUGCACAAGCACAAGGGUGAAUCCACCUUAUUCCAAAGGAGCACUGGACUAUGAACCAUCUGCAGAUGACCAGAAUAAACUCCUCAAAGCAGGAGAACAUGAAGACUGGACAGAAUAUGGGGAAGAACAGAUGGAUAUGAUGGAGAAUAGAUGA